AUGAUAUCCGGACUUAUUACCCAUGUAGUCAACCCCCUGGCCUUUAUCGUCCCCGUCCUGCUUGCCGUCGCUUUCCUAACCUUGAUUGAACGGAAAGUGCUUGGUUACAUGCAACUACGAAAAGGUCCUAACAUCGUGGGGCCCUACGGGCUCCUUCAACCCAUCGCCGACGGAGUAAAGCUAUUCAUUAAAGAGCCGGUACGCCCCUCCACUUCCUCACCUGUUCUCUUCUUAUUAGCCCCCAUACUGGCACUUACCCUGGCCUUGACCCUUUGAGCCCCUAUACCCCUUCCUUACCCUGUUACUGAUCUAAACCUAGGAAUUCUCUUUAUCCUAGCGCUUUCCAGCCUUGCAGUCUACUCAAUUUUAGGCUCGGGCUGAGCAUCAAAUUCAAAAUACGCCCUGGUCGGAGCCCUCCGAGCCGUUGCCCAAACUAUUUCAUAUGAAGUCAGCCUGGGCCUCAUUCUCCUUAAUAUUAUCAUCUUCACUGGGGGUUUCACCCUUCAGACCUUUAACACUGCCCAAGAAAGUAUUUGAUUAGUCCUACCCGCCUGACCCCUAGCCGCUAUAUGAUACAUCUCAACGCUAGCAGAAACAAAUCGAGCCCCUUUCGACUUGACCGAAGGAGAAUCUGAGCUAGUCUCAGGGUUCAACGUAGAGUACGCAGGAGGCCCCUUCGCACUGUUCUUCCUAGCCGAGUACGCCAAUAUUCUACUCAUAAAUACCCUCUCUGCAACACUUUUCCUUGGAGCCUCCCACAUACCAACAUUCCCAGAAUUAACAGCCAUUAACCUUAUAACAAAAGCGGCCCUCCUCUCCAUUCUAUUCCUUUGAGUCCGAGCUUCCUACCCCCGCUUCCGAUAUGACCAGCUCAUGCACCUCAUCUGAAAAAACUUUUUACCCCUGACGUUAGCCCUCGUCAUCUGACACCUCGCACUGCCCAUCGCAUUCGCUGGGCUGCCCCCUCAGCUGUAA